UAUACGUCAUUCACCCGCGCCACCCGGAAGCCGCGGUUAUACCGACCCGUUCUUAUUGCCGGCGGCCCUCAGGAGCCCAUAAUGGAGACGCCCCCUAAAGGGCGGGUGGUUGAGGCCACGGGAGAGAAAGUUCUGCGCUAUGAGGCCUUCAUCAGUGACGUGCUGCAGCGGGACUUGCGAAAAGUACUGGACCAUCGAGACAAGGUAUAUGAGCAGCUGGCCAAAUACCUUCAACUAAGAAAUGUCAUUGAACGACUCCAGGAGGCUAAGCAAUCGGAGUUAUAUAUGCAGGUGGAUUUGGGCUGUAACUUCUUCGUUGACACAGUAGUCUCAGAUACUUCACGCAUCUAUGUGGCCCUGGGAUAUGGUUUUUUCCUGGAAUUGACACUGGCAGAAGCUCUCAAGUUCAUUGAUCGUAAGAGCUCACUCCUCACACAGCUCAGCAACAGCCUCACCAAGGACUCCAUGACUAUCAAGGCCCAUAUCCACAUGUUGCUAGAGGGACUUAGAGAACUACAAGGCCUGCAGAAUUUCCCAGAGAAGCCUCACCAUUGACUACUUACCGCAUCCUCCGACAUUAAAGAGCCUGAAUGCCUUUGA